AUGGUCGGCAUCAGCGGCAUCGACGAUGCAUUUCGUGCUGGUCUUCGGGAUCGGGCACGGGAGCUGGUACAAAAUCCGGACCAUGCUCGAGUCCUCGGGACACAGGGUGUCGUGCGUCGGCCUCGUCAACGCCGGCGUAGACCGGACCGAAGCCAACGCGCUAUAGUCGUUCGGGGAGUACAACAAGCCGCUGCUCGACCUGAUGGCGUGGUUGCCGGAAAACGAGCAGAAGUGGUGGUGGUGGGGCACAGCGCGGGGGUUGAGCGUGAUGGAGGCGAGCCACAAGUUCCCAAACAAGAUUCGGGUGACCGUCUACCUAGCCGCCACCAUGCUCAAGCGAGGUUUCUGCACCCACCGUCGUCUACCUGA